GAGCCCAGCUGGCGAACGUGAAAUCUAUACACCUGGCCCUCUUAUGCUGACCGUUUUACGACAGUCGGACGAAGUGGACCAAAGACAACAGAAAGGACGUCAGUCUUGAAGAGCGCCACGCCUGUGGCUCCUGCAUAACACCGGGCCGAAAGAACGUGGGGGUUGCAGUCCUCGGCGCCGUUUUGCGAAGACAACAUGUGGAUAUCGCUGAUAUUGGCGUCCGUUCUGCUCGCGGGCGUGCAGCAAGGGCCAUUUGCAGAUGUCCACGGCUUGGAGCAGAACUGGGGAGGGACAAAAGGCGGCAUUAAAGGCGCCCUUCAUCAGGCCCAGUUAGUCAAAGCUGGACUUGAGAGAGAAGGUAUUAAAGGAGGCUCAAAAGCUGUCGUCCAGCAACAGUCUCAAACUAAAGGAGGUCUGAAGGGUGCUGUUAAGGCGGCACUAGUUCAGCAGCAGUCCCAGCAGACACAAGCAGCGAAAGGUGCAUUAAAAGGCGCUGUCAAGGCAGCAGCAGUUCAACAGGUUGCCCAACAGACCCAGGCUAAAGGAGCCCUCAAAGGGGCUGUGAAAGCUGCAGCGGUUCAACAGGUAGCUCAACAGACACAAGCCAAAGGAGCCCUCAAGGGUGCUGUUAAGGCAGUCUUAGUCCAGCAGCAGUCCCAGCAAACACAAGCAGCGAAAGGUGCAUUAAAAGGCGCUGUCAAGGCAGCAGCAGUUCAACAGGUUGCCCAGCAGACCCAGGCCAAAGGAGCCCUAAAAGGGGCCGUGAAAGCUGCAGCGGUUCAACAAGUAGCUCAGCAGACACAAGCCAAAGGAGCCCUCAAGGGUGCUGUUAAGGCGGCACUAGUUCAGCAGCAGUCCCAGCAGACACAAGCAGCGAAAGGUGCAUUAAAAGGCGCUGUCAAGGCAGCAGCAGUUCAACAGGUUGCCCAGCAGACCCAGGCCAAAGGAGCCCUAAAAGGGGCCGUGAAAGCUGCAGCGGUUCAACAAGUAGCUCAGCAGACUCAAGCCAAAGGAGCCCUCAAGGGUGCUGUUAAGGCGGCACUAGUUCAGCAGCAGUCCCAGCAGACACAAGCAGCGAAAGGUGCAUUAAAAGGCGCUGUCAAGGCAGCAGCAGUUCAACAGGUUGCCCAGCAGACCCAGGCCAAAGGAGCCCUAAAAGGGGCCGUGAAAGCUGCAGCGGUUCAACAAGUAGCUCAGCAGACUCAAGCCAAAGGAGCCCUCAAGGGUGCUGUUAAGGCGGCACUAGUUCAGCAGCAGUCCCAGCAAACACAAGCAGCGAAAGGUGCAUUAAAAGGCGCUGUCAAGGCAGCAGCAGUUCAACAGGUUGCCCAGCAGACCCAGGCCAAAGGAGCCCUAAAAGGGGCCGUGAAAGCUGCAGCGGUUCAACAAGUAGCUCAGCAGACACAAGCCAAAGGAGCCCUCAAGGGUGCUGUUAAGGCGGCACUAGUUCAGCAGCAGUCCCAGCAGACACAAGCAGCGAAAGGUGCAUUAAAAGGCGCUGUCAAGGCAGCAGCAGUUCAACAGGUUGCCCAGCAGACCCAGGCCAAAGGAGCCCUAAAAGGGGCCGUGAAAGCUGCAGCGGUUCAACAAGUAGCUCAGCAGACUCAAGCCAAAGGAGCCCUCAAGGGUGCUGUUAAGGCGGCACUAGUUCAGCAGCAGUCCCAGCAGACACAAGCAGCGAAAGGUGCAUUAAAAGGCGCUGUCAAGGCAGCAGCAGUUCAACAGGUUGCCCAGCAGACCCAGGCCAAAGGAGCCCUAAAAGGGGCCGUGAAAGCUGCAGCGGUUCAACAAGUAGCUCAGCAGACACAAGCCAAAGGAGCCCUCAAGGGUGCUGUUAAGGCGGCACUAGUUCAGCAGCAGUCCCAGCAGACACAAGCAGCGAAAGGUGCAUUAAAAGGCGCUGUCAAGGCAGCAGCAGUUCAACAGGUUGCCCAGCAGACCCAGGCCAAAGGAGCCCUAAAAGGGGCCGUGAAAGCUGCAGCGGUUCAACAAGUAGCUCAGCAGACUCAAGCCAAAGGAGCCCUCAAGGGUGCUGUUAAGGCGGCACUAGUUCAGCAGCAGUCCCAGCAGACACAAGCAGCGAAAGGUGCAUUAAAAGGCGCUGUCAAGGCAGCAGCAGUUCAACAGGUUGCCCAGCAGACCCAGGCCAAAGGAGCCCUAAAAGGGGCCGUGAAAGCUGCAGCGGUUCAACAAGUAGCUCAGCAGACUCAAGCCAAAGGAGCCCUCAAGGGUGCUGUUAAGGCGGCACUAGUUCAGCAGCAGUCCCAGCAAACACAAGCAGCGAAAGGUGCAUUAAAAGGCGCUGUCAAGGCAGCAGCAGUUCAACAGGUUGCCCAGCAGACCCAGGCCAAAGGAGCCCUAAAAGGGGCCGUGAAAGCUGCAGCGGUUCAACAAGUAGCUCAGCAGACACAAGCCAAAGGAGCCCUCAAGGGUGCUGUUAAGGCGGCACUAGUUCAGCAGCAGUCCCAGCAGACACAAGCAGCGAAAGGUGCGCUAAAAGGCGCUGUCAAGGCAGCAGCAGUUCAACAGGUUGCCCAGCAGACCCAGGCCAAAGGAGCCCUAAAAGGGGCCGUGAAAGCUGCAGCGGUUCAACAAGUAGCUCAGCAGACUCAAGCCAAAGGAGCCCUCAAGGGUGCUGUUAAGGCGGCACUAGUUCAGCAGCAGUCCCAGCAGACACAAGCAGCGAAAGGUGCAUUAAAAGGCGCUGUCAAGGCAGCAGCAGUUCAACAGGUUGCCCAGCAGACCCAGGCCAAAGGAGCCCUAAAAGGGGCCGUGAAAGCUGCAGCGGUUCAACAAGUAGCUCAGCAGACUCAAGCCAAAGGAGCCCUCAAGGGUGCUGUUAAGGCGGCACUAGUUCAGCAGCAGUCCCAGCAGACACAAGCAGCGAAAGGUGCAUUAAAAGGCGCUGUCAAGGCAGCAGCAGUUCAACAGGUUGCCCAGCAGACCCAGGCCAAAGGAGCCCUAAAAGGGGCCGUGAAAGCUGCAGCGGUUCAACAAGUAGCUCAGCAGACUCAAGCCAAAGGAGCCCUCAAGGGUGCUGUUAAGGCGGCACUAGUUCAGCAGCAGUCCCAGCAGACACAAGCAGCGAAAGGUGCAUUAAAAGGCGCUGUCAAGGCAGCAGCAGUUCAACUGGUUGCCCAGCAGACCCAGGCCAAAGGAGCCCUAAAAGGGGCCGUGAAAGCUGCAGCGGUUCAACAAGUAGCUCAGCAGACUCAAGCCAAAGGAGCCCUCAAGGGUGCUGUUAAGGCGGCACUAGUUCAGCAGCAGUCCCAGCAGACACAAGCAGCGAAAGGUGCAUUAAAAGGCGCUGUCAAGGCAGCAGCAGUUCAACAGGUUGCCCAGCAGACCCAGGCCAAAGGAGCCCUAAAAGGGGCCGUGAAAGCUGCAGCGGUUCAACAAGUAGCUCAGCAGACUCAAGCCAAAGGAGCCCUCAAGGGUGCUGUUAAGGCGGCACUAGUUCAGCAGCAGUCCCAGCAGACACAAGCAGCGAAAGGUGCAUUAAAAGGCGCUGUCAAGGCAGCAGCAGUUCAACAGGUUGCCCAGCAGACCCAGGCCAAAGGAGCCCUAAAAGGGGCCGUGAAAGCUGCAGCGGUUCAACAAGUAGCUCAGCAGACUCAAGCCAAAGGAGCCCUCAAGGGUGCUGUUAAGGCGGCACUAGUUCAGCAGCAGUCCCAGCAGACACAAGCAGCGAAAGGUGCAUUAAAAGGCGCUGUCAAGGCAGCAGCAGUUCAACAGGUUGCCCAGCAGACCCAGGCCAAAGGAGCCCUAAAAGGGGCCGUGAAAGCUGCAGUGGUUCAACAAGUAGCUCAGCAGACACAAGCCAAAGGAGCCCUGAAGGGUGCUGUUAAGGCGGCACUAGUUCAGCAGCAGUCCCAGCAGACACAAGCAGCGAAAGGUGCAUUAAAAGGCGCUGUCAAGGCAGCAGCAGUUCAACAGGUUGCCCAGCAGACCCAGGCCAAAGGAGCCCUAAAAGGGGCCGUGAAAGCUGCAGCGGUUCAACAAAUAGCUCAGCAGACACAAGCCAAAGGAGCUCUCAAGGGCGCUGUUAAGGCGGCACUAGUGCAGCAGUCCCAGCAGACACAAGCAGCGAAAGGUGCGCUAAAAGGCGCUGUCAAGGCAGCAGCAGUUCAACAGUUUGCCCAGCAGACCCAGGCCAAAGGAGCCCUAAAAGGGGCCGUGAAAGCUGCAGCGGUUCAACAAAUAGCUCAGCAGACACAAGCCAAAGGAGCUCUCAAGGGCGCUGUUAAGGCGGCACUAGUUCAGCAGCAGUCCCAGCAGACACAAGCAGCGAAAGGUGCGCUAAAAGGCGCUGUCAAGGCAGCAACAGUUCAACAGGUUGCCCAGCAGACCCAAGCCAAAGGAGCCCUAAAAGGGGCCGUGAAAGCUGCAGCGGUUCAACAAAUAGCUCAGCAGACACAAGCCAAAGGAGCUCUCAAGGGCGCUGUUAAGGCGGCACUAGUUCAGCAGCAGUCCCAGCAGACACAAGCAGCGAAAGGAGCGCUAAAAGGCGCUGUCAAGGCAGCAGCAGUUCAACAGGUUGCCCAGCAGACCCAGGCCAAAGGAGCCUUAAAAGGGGCCGUGAAAGCUGCAGCGGUUCAACAAAUAGCUCAGCAGACACAAGCCAAAGGAGCUCUCAAGGGCGCUGUUAAGGCGGCACUAGUUCAGCAGCAGUCCCAGCAGACACAAGCAGCGAAAGGUGCGCUAAAAGGCGCUGUCAAGGCAGCAGCAGUUCAACAGGUUGCCCAGCAGACCCAGGCCAAAGGAGCCUUAAAAGGGGCCGUGAAAGCUGCAGCGGUUCAACAAAUAGCUCAGCAGACACAAGCCAAAGGAGCUCUCAAGGGCGCUGUUAAGGCGGCACUAGUUCAGCAGCAGUCCCAGCAGACACAAGCAGCGAAAGGUGCAUUAAAAGGCGCUGUCAAGGCAGCAGCAGUUCAACAGGUUGCCCAGCAGACCCAGGCCAAAGGAGCCUUAAAAGGGGCCGUGAAAGCUGCAGCGGUUCAACAAAUAGCUCAGCAGACACAGGCCAAAGGAGCUCUCAAGGGCGCUGUUAAGGCGGCACUAGUUCAGCAGCAGUCCCAGCAGACACAAGCAGCGAAAGGUGCGCUAAAAGGCGCUGUCAAGGCAGCAGCAGUUCAACAGGUUGCCCAGCAGACCCAGGCCAAAGGAGCCUUAAAAGGGGCCGUGAAAGCUGCAGCGGUUCAACAAAUAGCUCAGCAGACACAAGCCAAAGGAGCUCUCAAGGGCGCUGUUAAGGCGGCACUAGUUCAGCAGCAGUCCCAGCAGACACAAGCAGCGAAAGGUGCGCUAAAAGGCGCUGUCAAGGCAGCAGCAGUUCAACAGGUUGCCCAGCAGACCCAGGCCAAAGGAGCCUUAAAAGGGGCCGUGAAAGCUGCAGCGGUUCAACAAAUAGCUCAGCAGACACAAGCCAAAGGAGCUCUCAAGGGCGCUGUUAAGGCGACACUAGUUCAGCAGCAGUCCCAGCAGACACAAGCAGCGAAAGGUGCGCUAAAAGGCGCUGUCAAGGCAGCAGCAGUUCAACAGGUUGCCCAGCAGACCCAGGCCAAAGGAGCCUUAAAAGGGGCCGUGAAAGCUGCAGCGGUUCAACAAAUAGCUCAGCAGACACAAGCCAAAGGAGCCCUGAAGGGUGCUGUUAAGGCGGCACUAGUUCAGCAGCAGUCCCAGCAGACACAAGCAGCGAAAGGUGCAUUAAAAGGCGCUGUCAAGGCAGCAGCAGUUCAACAGGUUGCCCAGCAGACCCAGGCCAAAGGAGCCUUAAAAGGGGCCGUGAAAGCUGCAGCGGUUCAACAAAUAGCUCAGCAGACACAAGCCAAAGGAGCCCUGAAGGGUGCUGUUAAGGCGGCACUAGUUCAGCAGCAGUCCCAGCAGACACAAGCAGCGAAAGGUGCAUUAAAAGGCGCUGUCAAGGCAGCAGCAGUUCAACAGGUUGCGCAGCAGACCCAGGCCAAAGGAGCCCUAAAAGGGGCCGUGAAAGCUGCAGCGGUUCAACAAGUAGCUCAACAGACACAAGCCAAAGGAGCCCUGAAGGGUGCCGUUAAGGCGGCACUAGUGCAGCAGCAGUCCCAGCAAACACAAGCAGCGAAAGGUGCAUUAAAAGGCGCUGUCAAGGCAGCAGCAGUUCAACAGGUUGCCCAACAGGCCCAGGUCAAAGGAGCCCUCAAAGGGGCUGUGAAAGCUGCAGCGGUUCAACAAGUAGCUCAACAGACACAAGCCAAAGGAGCCCUGAAGGGUGCAGUUAAGGCGGCGUUAGUCCAGCAGCAGUCCCAGCAAACACAAGCAGCGAAAGGUGCAUUAAAAGGCGCUGUCAAGGCAGCAGUAGUUCAACAGGCUGCCCAGCAGACCCAGGCCAAAGGAGCCUUAAAAGGGGCCGUGAAAGCUGCAGCGGUUCAACAAAUAGCUCAGCAGACACAAGCCAAAGGAGCCCUGAAGGGUGCUGUUAAGGCGGCACUAGUUCAGCAGCAGUCCCAGCAAACACAAGCAGCGAAAGGUGCAUUAAAAGGCGCUGUCAAGGCAGCUGCAGUUCAACAGGUUGCCCAACAGGCCCAGGUCAAAGGAGCCCUCAAAGGGGCUGUGAAAGCUGCAGCGGUUCAACAAGUAGCUCAACAGACACAGGCCAAAGGAGCCCUGAAGGGUGCUGUUAAGGCGGCGUUAGUCCAGCAGCAGUCCCAGCAAACACAAGCAGCGAAAGGUGCAUUAAAAGGUGCUGUGAAGGCAGCAGUAGUUCAACAGGCUGCCCAGCAGACCCAGGCCAAAGGAGCCCUCAAAGGGGCUGUGAAAGCUGCAGCGGUCCAACAGGUAGCUCAACAGACACAAGCCAAAGGAGCCCUGAAGGGUGCUGUGAAGGCGGCCUUAGUCCAGCAGCAGUCCCAGCAAACACAAGCAGCGAAAGGUGCAUUAAAGGGCGCUGUUAAGGUAGCAGCAGUCCAGCUGCAAUUUCAACAGUCCCAAGCUGCAAAAGGAACACUCAAGGGAUCUGUCACGGCAGCGGCCGUCCAACAGCAAUCCCAGCAAGCUCAAGCACCAAAAGGGGCUCUCAAAGGUGCAGUCAAGGCAGCAGCAGUUCAACAGCAAUUUCAACAGUCUCAAGCAGCAAAAGGAGCUCUCAAGGGAUCUGUCAAGGCAGCGGCCGUCCAACAGCAAUCCCAGCAAGCUCAAGCAGCAAAAGGGGCUCUCAAAGGUGCAGUCAAGGCAGCAGCAGUUCAACAGCAAUUUCAACAGUCUCAAGCAGCAAAAGGAGCUCUCAAGGGAUCUGUCAAGGCAGCGGCCGUCCAACAGCAAUCCCAGCAAACUCAGGCAGCGAAAGGAGCUCUCAAAGGUGCUGUCAAGGCAGCAGCAGUCCAGCAGCAAUUUCAGCAGUCUCAAGCAGCAAAAGGGUCCCUCAAGGGAGCUGUCAAAGCAGCGGCAGUACAGCAGCAAUUUCAGCAGUCUCAAGCAGCGAAAGGAGCUCUCAAGGGAGCUGUCAAGGCAGCGGCGGUCCAACAGCAAUCCCAGCAGACUCAAGCAGCCAAAGGAGCUCUUAAGGUUGCCCUCAAAACUGCAGCUGUUCAACAGCAAUCUCAGCAAGUUAGUCAAGGAAAAGGGGCAGUCAAAGCUGCAAUCAAAGCCGCAGUCAUUCAACAGCAAUCGCAGCAAGUCAGUCAAGCCAAAGGAGCUCUCAAAGGAGCCGUCAAGACAUCAGUUGUACAACAGAGUCAAGUCCAAAGGAAGGGUUAAGGAAGCCACAGAUACUGUAGAAUUGUAUGUGGUAACUAGUUUGACAAUUGCACUGUGGUAGAAAAUAAAGACAUAUGUUUAUGCUCAUGCACAA